GUAUAUGAUGGAAGAACUUUUUCAAAUCGUGCACCAACACGUUUUUCAUUUGAUUUUGCUGUACGAUCACCAAUAACUGAUGGUUUAAUUUUAUUAUAUGGACGUAAUACAACACCAAUAAAUGAUUUUUUUUGGACAGCAAUUGAAAUUUAUCAAUCAAGAUUAAGAUUUCAUUUUCGUGAUACAAUACUUGAUGCAACAAAUACUGUGCUUAAUGCAUCAACAUGGUAUCAUGUUGAAUAUCAAUAUGUUGAUUCAACAAUUCUUGUUUCAAUAAAUGAUUGUCAAUAUGUAACAACAGUUAAUGAUACAUUAAAUACAUAUGAUUUAUCAAAUGUUCAAUUAUAUCUCGGUGGUAUACCAGUUAUUGGUUCAUUAAUAUCUGGUCUUUAUCCAUCAUUAACACAAGUCAAUACAUUUAGUGGUUGUAUAAGAAAUGUUUUAUCAAAUGGUUAUUAUCUUGAUAUGAAUUCACCAUUAUUAUCAGCUAAUUCUAAUGCAGGACAAUGUCCAUGUUCAUUAACAAAUUCAUGUCUUUCAUCAGUUAUAGGACGUACAUCAGAUAUUAUUAUACCAUGGUAUACAUGGUUAAUUAUUGCAUUAGUUUUAUUAUUAUUAUCAACAAUUAUUGCAUUAGGUUUAUUAACAUGUAUAAGAAUGAGACAACAACAAAAAGCAUUAGCUGGAUUAUAUCCAGAUGAUACAAGAGAUAAUAUUAUUGAUUAUAAAGAAACUGCCGGAGAAGAAGAUCAUUCAACAUAUAAUCUUGGUGUAUUAAAAAAACCUGUUUAUGCAUUAACAGAUGAAGAAAUUAUUGCAAAUGGUGGUCGAGCGGGUAUGCAUAAUAUAGGUUAUACUGAUACAAUAAUAAAUCGUCGACCAGCACUUGGUGAUUAUAUAGAUGAAAAAUUAACUGAACAACAAAUAACAUCUUAUGCAAAUGAUACACAAUUACAUUAUCGAUAUGAAGGUGAAGGUUCAAUAGCAUCAGAUUUAAGUUCAAUUGAAUCAAUACAUUAUCAAGAUGAACAUGAUUUUCGUUUUCUUUAUUCAUGGGGACCUAAAUUUUCACGAUUAGCUGAUUUAUAUGCUAGUGGUAUUGAUGAUGAUGAUAAUAUUGACAAUGCUUAA